AUGCAACGUGAUGCGCCUCAGGUUUUCGAUGGAACUGGAAAUUCACUUUCCUUUCUAGACCGUAUUACUGUCUGGACAGCACUCAAGGGUUUUGAGGGAGAAAAGAAGGCACUCGCCCUAGCAUCCCGAUUAGAAGGGGCGGCCUUUGAAAACUAUCGACGUCUGGACAGUGAGGAAAAGCAAGAUUUUGAUGUUAUCGUGGUUUCACUAAAGAGGGAGUUCCUCAGUGGGGCAAUAGAUAGGCGGCUCGCGGUGGAGGAGUUGCGUGGCAGAAAAUGGAAACAGUUUGAAGAACCUCUAGCGGCGUUCGCGCACGACAUUGACAGGUUAGUACGGCUAGCGUAUCCGGGGUUUGAUAGUGGGUCCGCGAUUACUUUGGCCAGAGACGCCUUUCUAGAUGGUCUACCAAGAGAAUUCCAAAUUCUGUUGAGAAGAGACAAGACUACUAACGCUAAAGUUGUCAAAGAAUUAGCUGAGGAAGUCAACCAACUUCGAUUAGCCGGAAUUCCCUCAGUCAGACCGGCACCGGCAAAUGCAAGUCCAGUCAAUCAAAACGGUUCACCGGCUUCAGCAGUCAAUCAAGUUUCCGGAUGUGACAUGGAAAUCUACAACGAUAUGUCAUCUACUCGUCAGACAGUUACCGCUUUUGGCAACGACAGUUUAGACACCCAAGCGACAGUGCAGUCGAUGCGUGGUAGCAGUCGCGGUCGGAUUUGUCCUCAUUUUCACGAUUGUCAUCGAUGUUUGAGACCGGGGCAUGUUGCCCGAAACUGCACUGCUGCAUCUCCUGCAUCAAAGAGAGGAGGUCAGAUCACUAAUUUAGCCACGGCUCUUCACGGUCUAAUUAUGGUUACCCCUAAUAUUGACCAGCAACCUCUUUCUUUUUUGGUGGAUACAGGAGCAGACAUCAGCUUGAUACCACUUGAUGUUGUUCAGAUGAACCACAUGACAUGUGAGGGAACUGUAGUUACGUCGUUUCAGUUGGGAUCUCAAAAGGCAUACAGUUCAUUUCACGUUGUGCAAGGAAUCGACUGUGGGGUUUUGGGCACUGAUGUUCUGUCGACCCUUGAGGUCCAGAUAGAUGUCGCUAAUAGAAAGUUGUUCUUGAAAGGGGAAGAAGUGACAACAUUCCAACCAGUCAAAUCAGAACCGACAAGGUCUGAAGUGCAUUUAUUGAAGUUUGGUCGGGUGUAUUCACCAAGCAGUGUACUAGUCGGGCCUGGGCAAGAAACCACCAUUUGGGAAAAUAUACACUCCAAUGUUACUAGUGAAUGGACAGGAAUCAUGGAAGUAGUGGAUGAGUUAUCUGAUCGUUCAGGACUUUUGGGAUGUGCUACCUAUUGUGUUGGAGGAAAAGGGAGAGCUGUUCCGGUGAGAGUUAUGAAUGUCUGCACAGAACCUGUAGUAAUACAUAAAGGACAGAGUUUGGCGGAAUUUACUGAAGCGACUGCGUUGGAUGGGGUGGAUCGAAGACCAGUUGGAAAGAGUACCGAUAUUUACAACCCAAUGGUUGACAUAGAUCGGCUUGCCGCCCUCGACGUCUACGUACAAGAUGGAAAGCUGAGGUUGAAGAUGAGCAUCUUGGACUUGGCAAGAGGAUGUUUUCAAGUGCCAAUCGUGGAAAAGGAUAAGGAAAAGACAACGUUCCGGACACCAGGUUUGUAUGAAUUCAACAGAAUGCCCUUUGGGUUGAAGGGAGCUCCAGCAACGUUUUGUCGAAUGAUGUCACUAGUUCUGGGACGCUUAACACCUAUUCAGCUAGUCCUCUAUAUGGAUGAUCUCUGCAUAGUUUCAGAUACAUUUCAGUUACAUUUGGAUCGGUUGGAACAAGCAUUUACAGCUCUUCAUAAACACGGACUUCGACUUAAUGCACAGAAAUGUCAAUUUGUUACAACUCAGGCAAUAUUCUGUGGAUUUCGUAUUAGUGCAGAAGGAAUUAAUCCUGAUCUAGAAAAGGUUGCUGCUAUUGAAAGAAUACCUACACUCACUACUGUCAAGGAGGUGAGGGUUUUCUUGGGCAUCACUGCUGGAGAACAGAAAUUUCAGUGGUCAACUCAUUGUCAAGAUGCAUUUAAUACUUUGAAGCGAAAACUGUCUUCAGCACCGAUCUUGACUCAUCCUGUGGCAAAUAAACCAUUUGUUUUGACUACAGAUGCAUCAACUGUAGGGAUUGGUGCAGAACUGGCACAAGAAGCUCGCCAACAGUUUAUGUUGAGCGAUUGCUGGACGACAAACACUUUCAAGGACUUCCAGAGGAGAGAUCGUGUGCUAUCAGCGACAUCUAGCCAUGUUAGUGGAGAUACAUCGAAGCAAUUGAGUUUGGAUCAUCCAGAACAACUACAAGUACAACGUUUACUACGGUGGAAGUUAAUGCUAUCUAAAGAUGGAAUAUUACAUAGAACAUCAUCUCAAGGGCAUUCGCAGAUUGUCGUACCUAUUGCUCUGAUACCUGAAGUACUUUGGCUGGCGCAUGAUAAUGCCUUCUCAGGACAUCAGGGUGUCAAGAAGACAUUGACUCGGACAUUGAAUCGAUUUUGGUGGAGCACUGUAAACAGAGAUGUAAUGGAUUACACCAAAUCUUGUCAUACAUAUGGGGAAAGGAUGCCACCACAUCAAAGAGCGCGAGCUCCGUUGAAAGAACGCCCUAUAGCAGAGAAACCGUUUGAGAGAGUCGAAAUAGACAUUAAAGGAUCGUUACCUCGAACCGACAAGGGACUGCAAUUAUCUUAG